CAGACUUGAACCGAGACCUCUUCCACUUUCGGGUAAAUUCACGUCUCGGUACCGCAAAGCGUGGGAAAAUGAGUAAUGCUCACCGCGACGAUCAAGAUUCCCGCUUGGAGUUUCAUCGCUGAUGUACCGAAGCCCUCGGAGACGGUUGGCUGGGUACUCGUCGAGUGUAAAUCGAAGAGUGCGAAGAAUGCGAGCGAUCGGUCUUUAUCGCUUUCAUUCCGAUCGGAAGAGGACGCGUGUCGUCAGUGUCGUAAUCGGGCCGUUUGGGCCCAGCCGCACUUGAGAAGGGUGAGGCAUCGAUUUCAGCCGACCACUGCAGUACCCAACACUGUUUUCCAACCUUUCUCUUUCGCUGGUGGGCUAACAUCGUCGGCAUUACCGAAGACGAUGAUGAUGAUGUUAGUCGGUGGAUAUUCGGUUCAGGGAGCUUCGGUUCUGGGUAUUAUUCACGACCUUCUGCAGGAUAAUGUCGCUGGAAGACCAGUUAUCCACGAGAAAAGCGAUUGGGACUUUGACCCGGACGUUGGAAAAUUAAGGAGAGUCCAAUUCGAGGCUAUCAAUGGACCGCAAGGCCGUGACCUGAUCGACAGGCUGGGAUACGGGAUCGGUGCCCAUGGAGUAACACCAAAAACCACCGUCGUUAAACAGCCCGCGGUGAUUCUAGCCAAUUGGGAUGCGUCCACGCCUGGGAGUUACUAGACACGGCGCUGAUUUCGGCGCUUGUUGCUAAAUCCCGAGAGAUGGACACUUUACGAAAGCUCUAGUAGUUGGUACUUGAGAGAAGCGCUAGCCAAUUGUCAACGAGAUGUAGGUUUACAUACAAUAUAUCUCAAGUUUCGAUUUUAACUCACGUGUACCGGAUGAUGAACAAUUUAAGCGUGGAACUGAUGUGAUAUUUUUUUUUUUUUUUUUUAUUAUAAUUCUGUCUUUUUGGUGUUAUAAAAACUGGAUAUUAUUCAAGGUCAAUGAAUUUUAUAUUUGAUCAGUCGUGCAUUGGAUAAAAAAAAUCGCUAUAUUGGAUCGUAAUUGAAAUGACGAUAAUUUGUUCUUUUUUCUUGGACGUAAAAUUGUCAGGAAACACCCGUUUAUUCGUGUGGGAUAGAUUGCGUGGAAAUAAAAAAAAAUCUAGUUAAUAAAUAGAAACAUUUUGGAUUUAUAAUAAAUUGGUAUGCAACGAUUACAUUUUUACCAUAUAAGUUUUGUAUAAAAUAUGUAUAUCAUUUACAGAGAAUAA